CUUUUUAAACGCUGUCAUCUUUGGGAAAGGACGCGAUGCGGAAAUGACACAGAAAUGCCACUUUAUAUUUGCGUUUCUCUGCAGCGCUGCGCUCCUCCUGUUGUCGGAGGACAUCGGAGGGACACGUCGGGACGGAGACAUAAUCGAUUUAAUGUAUACAGGGGAACCGCCGCGGUGUGCGGAGACCGCAACCUCCACGGGUUAUUAUUGCUGUAAAGAAAAUGCAAACUGACAGUUCGUUAACUUUCAAUUUCUUGCGCUUUAAUGGAAAGUUUAUACCUGACAGAGAGAGAGCACAACUGAGGGAAUCACGUCUAAAAGAUUUCUCAUCUUUUUGUUUGGGAGAUUGCACACGCACAGAGUACUGCACGCGGCGGAGUCUGAGGUGAACAAAAAACUUCACGUAGAAACCCUUCUUGCUGUGUACAACUUUCAAGUGUUACGGCGGUAAAAAUAUUGAUAAAAUGUGAACAUAUACGCGUUUUUUAUUUAAAUAACGUAAGAGGAAGGGAAAAAAUUUUCUGUUAUUCGGGACGUGGGGACUUCACGACCGCGCCGUCGAGAACGCGCUCCAGGGUGUGUGUGUGCGCGCCAGGCCUGUUACUUCCCUACGCCACCGGGAUCCGCGCGAACGCACGAGUGAAAGACGUCUGAUCCGCGAGGAGGUUUUCGCGCUGUUGACGUGGGGUGCCAUGCGUGCGCUCGUUACGUGCCCCGCCGGGGGAACGAAGUUCGGCUGACGGAGUCGGCGGCGCGAAGGUGAGAAGUGCACUGUGAGAUUUGAGGCGCGCGCUCUUUCGCGUCCGCUCAUUCUCCACCCACGGCGAACCAGCAGCGCGCGACAGCUUGCUUGCAGCCGGCGGAGCGUCUUUCCUCGCGCUGUGUAGAAGGGGAGGUUUGGCGCCGGGGCAGAGCCGCUUCGCUCGAGCCGGACGACGACAGACAGUUGUUGGCAGAAAUGCAGGAAAUUUCUGCGGCCGACUCUCCUUCCUCAGCUGCCCUGAACAGAUCCACAGACCCAUGCAUCCCACCACUGGGAACGAGCAGCCUCCCUGCCUGUAGGGUAUGCCCCAGCAAUCCCGCUGGGAAGCUCUACCCCAAGCCGACUGCUAUACCCUGCAGGCCCACCCUACAAAAGCCACAGGUGCCCCCUAAGCCUCCCCAUCUUCUUGGUCUGCGGAGAGACAAGCCCUCCAAGUGGAUUCCUCCAGCCCCAUCAAGGCCCCUGCCUGCUCCCCCAGCACUGAAGCCUAGCAGGAACCCUGCCAACUUGGGGAGACAACCGGACAAGCAGGGUAUCACAAACGUGUGUCUGCUGAUCGAGCAGUUUGAGAACUCCAGAGCACCGAUUUUCGGUGCGCACCGGAGGGAUCAGUUGCACCUUACGUUGAGCAUGGAGACGGCAGAGGACCUUGUGCAGGAUCCUAAAGGGCUGCGUGUGACUGGGCUGGAGACCGAUGACUCGGAAGACCACACUCAAGCAGACGAAUUGGCGGCCUGUAUCGAUGAAGGGACAGGUGACGCUGCAGAGCUCUCUGGUUUCAGCACUUUGUGUAUUAAUGACAUUGGCACACCGGGCACCGGGGAUAGUAGGCAUGCCUGCAGUGACAGCGCUGCUAGCAGGACAGAAGGGUCAUGCGAGCCCACCAACAAUGGGAACUCCAGCCUCCUGGAGCAGAACGGAAACAGUAAAAUUCCCAACAGAGACAGUGGCAUCGACAGCCCCUCAUGUGCCGUGGAGGGUGAGGUUUUCCCCAAUGAGGAUACUAUCGGAGAAGAAGAUCAAAAUGACAGCGUGACAGAGACAGAGCUGGACAGUGAGGCCAGGAGUUGUGUGGCAAUGGACAGCAAGCGUGACUCUACGCAGGACGAGGACAGUGAUAUGGACGAGGUCAGCAGCGGAGAGCAGGAGAACGCUGAAAUGCUGAGGAACGAGCAGCCAUCAGAGGGCUCCAGGUGCACACAGUCUCAGAAGCUUCUUAAUAUUGCACAAGAGCUCUUGCAUACAGAAGAAGCUUAUGUCAAGAGGCUUCAUCUUCUGGACCAGGUAUUUUGUACAAAGUUAACAGAAGCUGGAAUUCCACAGGAAGUCAUCCAUGGAAUCUUCUCCAACAUUUCCUCAAUCUACUGCUUUCAUGAAAAGUUCCUCUUACCGGAGCUAAAGACACGGAUCACCGAUGAGUGGAACUCAAACCCUCGUAUAGGUGACAUCCUCCAGAAGCUUGCUCCAUUCAUGAAGAUGUAUGGAGAGUACGUAAAGAACUUUGAUCGUGCCAUGGACCUAGUCAACACAUGGACUCAACGGUCAUCUCAAUUCAAAGGCAUAGUACAGAACGUUCAGAAACAGGAAGUGUGUGGGAACUUGACACUGCAGCACCACAUGCUGGAGCCAGUGCAGCGCAUCCCACGAUACGAGCUGCUGCUCAAAGACUAUCUGAGGAAGCUUCCUGAUGAUGCCCUGGACAGGAGGGAUGCACAGAAUGCACUGGAACUCAUCUCUACUGCAGCUAACCAUUCAAAUGCAGCCAUCAGGAAAAUGGAAAAGAUGAACAAGCUAUUAGAAGUAUAUGAGCGCUUGGGGGGAGAAGAGGACAUUGUGAACCCUGCCAAUGAGCUCAUCAAAGAGGGUCAUAUCAAAAAGAUGUCAGCCAAGAAUGGUACAGCCCAGGACCGAUAUCUCUAUUUAUUCAACAACAUGGUGCUAUACUGUGUGCCAAAGCUGAGGUUGAUGGGGCAAAAGUUCAGCGUGAGAGAGAGGAUUGACAUUGCUGGCAUGGAGGUGCAGGAGAAAGUGAAGCACAACCUGCCAUAUACAUUUGCCAUAAUUGGGAAACAAAGGUCUCUGGAGCUGCAAGCCAGGACUGAAGAUGAAAAGGAUGACUGGAUUCAGGUGAUUCGAGCUACCAUUGAGAAGCAUAAACAGAACAGUGAGACAUUCAACAAGGCCAUCAACAGCUCCUUUUCACGUGAUGAAGACCACUUGCCUGACUCUCCUGGCCCCUGGAGUAAUACUUCGAUAGAUUCUGAUGGCGGUCAACAUGAGAGGAAAAGCUCCCGAAAGAAGGACAAAGAAAAGCAGACAUGCAAAGGUUGCAAUGAGAGCUUUCACUCCAUCACCAAGCGGCGACAUCACUGCAAGGCCUGUGGAGCGGCCAUCUGUGGGAAGUGCUCUGAAACAAAGGUCUCGGACAACAAGGCAAGCCGAGUGUGCCGGGAGUGUUUCACUGGAACAGCUGCAAGUCUAGCUCUGGAUGGCCAAGGAGCAACUAGUGAACAAAAGAAGAAGACCACAGUGGAGAAGCAGAACUCCCUGCUGGCAGAGAACUGCCUGUUCAGCAGCCACCUCCAUCUUCAGGAUAAGGGCAAGGGCUGGAACAAGGUCUGGGCUGCCAUCACCAGGGCUGAGCCACUGGUUCUAUACUUGCAAACCUCUGGUCAGGAAAGUCGCGGAACCCGAGCUAUCCCAUUGCCUGGCUGCGAGGUGGGCCUCCCCUUGGAGAAACAGGAGAUGAAGCAUGUCUUCAGGUUGAGCCAGUCCCAGCAGAUAAUUCUGCUCAGUGCCCAGGACUUGGAGCUCCAUACCAAGUGGAUGGAGAUCCUCUCCCAAGCAUCUAAGGGCGAGGUCUCCACAGAAACUUCCAUUACCCAAGCUGAACUCAAAAGGAGCCAAUAAUGUGACGCUGUUGAUGCCCCGGGACCACGCUCCAUCUGUGUACAGCACACACGUGUUACUUGAAUUCACUUUAUCCUUGGCACUUUUCUGUUGUAAACUGUAUUUUUCAAGGGACCUCUCAUGUUUGUAUCUGUGGUUGUCUUUUUGUAUUGUUCUUCUGUUGGAGAAGCUGAGAAAAUAUUUCAGAUUUUGUAUAAUAACAUAAAAUAUUCUGAAAGGCAUUCAUUUAACAGUGGUUUUACUUGUUUUGUUGACUAUGUAGACUGCAUCCGUUUUGUGAAGCAUUAACUCCGGCCUGUGUAUUUGCUCACGUGUUACAGUAUUGACUAUAAGGUGUAAUUCUCCCCAGCUGUCUUGGUGGCUGAUGUGUGAAGAAUGUACAGUGUGUAUCGUAUGUUGUUAGGGUCUGAAGCUACUUUAACUUAUGAGAUGUGAAUGUGUGUGGCCGGCCACUGGAUAAUCCGGCCCUGCUAUUCCCCAGUGCACCCAGAUGGACCUCACCCCUCACCUUACCCAGUGUUGUAGCCUACCAGUUGAACACUUGCUUGUUUGGCUCCUCUUUAGACUACUGCCCACUGUGAGUAUGUCUGGUCUCAUAAUUUAAUCCAUAGCAGCAACAAGUACUGUAUGCCUCACAUUCUUGCUCCCAGGGUAAGACAAUGGUUGAAAUGUAGAUGAUUUUCUCCUGCAUAUUCAUAUAUGUAAGUACAAUAUUUUUAAAAAUGGAACAGGUCAGACACUCAUCAAAUACACAUGUAAGUCGUAUUCAUUAAUAUGUAUUUAACCAAAACCAUGCACAUUGGCAGGCAAAAAAGCAUAUCAUUAAUAAAAAAUAUCAUUCCAAACAAGCCAUACUGUCUUCAUU